AUGUCACGUGAACGCAACGAUAAAUUAGGUCAGACGAUGAUGACGAUGCACUUUGCAUUGCAAAAGGCAAAACUAAAUGUUCGACGGUUGACGUUUGAACUUGAAACUGGCAAAAAUAAAGUCUCGUUUUGCGUGCAUGGCCUGCAACGUGAUUUUUUACCACAAAAUGAUGAAUUGUAA